AUGUCAACUGCUGUCGUCGCCGCCUCACAAGGUCAACGUGCAACCGUCCCCAACGUGCCUACGAUGUCAGUGGACAUUCCGUAUGCCAACUGGAUUUGUUGGACAGCUCCAGACCAACUGCAUCACUCGGACUCCACCAAACGUCGUCUCUCCGCCCACCUCAACCUCGCCUACCACGCCGUCAACAAACACCGACCGCCCUCCCGAAUAACCACCACCAUCUUCCUCCUCCUCCUCCUCCUCCUCCUCCAUUGCCUGACCGUCUGCCGCUGUGGCGCCUGUUAUGCCCAUCAACACUACAUACAAUCCUGA